GGGAAGCCCGACAGGACAACUUUUAAAUUCAAUUCCUUAAUCUUUUGAGAGAGUUAGAGGACAGGAAACCACUAAGGCAAGAAUCUAAGUUGGGAGAGAAAGUCUGUCAAGGCAGCAUGAGAACAGGUGGCCUGUGCAGCCCUGUUAGUGGUCUGAGCUGGGCUGGAUGCAGAGGGUGGGGGCUGCUGUCUUGGAGGGCUGACAGUAACCACACCUUUUUUCCUCUUCUGCCAAUUUUCCUAUAUUUUGUGUAUAGUUCUUGUGGGAAAUUGGUGGUCCCGUAUCUCUCUUAAGUCUUUGUGACAUUUCCUUUAGUGUCUCCUUCUUCCCACAGUUUGCACUCUGCUUUUUCCUCCCUCUCCCAAAACUCCCAAACGAAAAGUAAGUUCCAUGGUAACAAGGAUGGGCAUUAUUUCUAGGUUGCAGACCAUGAGCUGGGAAAGGAGGCAGUGCUCUUGGGAGAGACAGCAGAGGCCCUAGGCUUCAAGCUGAAGCCAGCAGAGGCCCAGCAAGUGGGCAUGUCCCAGGAUGAAGAAUUUUGGAAUACACACCAGAGUCUACAAGAGCUGCUGAUCAGGAAUACCCACAAAGAAACUGAGCCCGUAUGUGAGAGGGCAGUGCCUGCUCACCGGAUCCUAGCCUUUCCUGAACAGACAAACACCAAAGACUGGCCAGUGGCACCUGAGCUCAUCUUGCCUGAGUCCCAGAGCUUGUUGACAUUUGAAGAAGUGGCCAUAUAUUUUUCCCAGGAAGAAUGGGAGUUACUGGAUCCUACUCAGAAGGCCCUCUACAAUGAUGUAAUGCAAGAAAACUAUGAGACUGUCAUCUCUCUAGCAUUAUUUGUGCUCCCCAAAACUAAAGUGAUCUGCUGCCUAGAGCAAGGGGAAGAGCCAUGGGUUCAAGGACCCCCAAUAUUCAAAGACAGUCCCAAAGAGCUGUUUUCAGAGAUAAAGAUGAAAAAUGACACUGAAAAUCAUCAACCUAUAUGUUUUUCUGACUUAGAAAUACAAGCACCAGGAGACAUAGUAUCAAAAAAAGCCAGUGUGAAUGUUCAUCAGAAAACAAUGGGCAAAGAAAAUCAUGGUGAUACGCAUAGGGUGGGGAAAUGGCACCAAGAUUUUCCAGUGAAGGAAGGAAUUAAAUUUUCAAACUGGUGGGAAGAAGAGCUGCUGAAACUUAUCGAGCUUCAUGAGAAAGAACGUGCAGGAGAGAAGCCUUUUAAAUGUCAGGAAUGUGGGAAAAGCUUCAGAGUUAGUUCUGACCUUAUUAAGCACCAAAGAAUUCACACUGAAGAGAAACCAUAUAAAUGUGAACAGUGUGAUAAGAGGUUUAGAUGGAGGUCAGAUCUCAAUAAGCACUUAACAACACACCAAGGAGUAAAGCCAUAUAAAUGCUCAUGGUGUGGGAAAAGCUUCAGUCAAAAUUCACAUCUCCACACACACCAAAGAACUCACACUGGAGAGAAGCCCUUUACAUGUCAUCAAUGUGGAAAAAAAUUCAGUCAAAAUUCCCACCUUAUUAAACACCGGAGAACCCACCUGUAGCACAUGCAGGAGAAUCUUCAAUAAGUGCUCAAGACUUUGACACCAGUGAAGGAAAGCUUGUUCAGUGUCCUCAGCCUACAGACAUAUACCAAGCGGCGCUUGACCCUAAAGUUUAUGAAAAAAUGCAAAAUUAAGAAGCAUGAAGAAUUUUUCACCAGUGGAAAAUUUGGAGAUGUAAACGUCAUGUUUCACAGAAAGAAAUCAGGGUUGACUGUGGAGGGGAAACGUUAAUAGUUGUACUACUUACUGUUUUUACUUAGAACUUUCACUGAAUUCUUUAGCAAAAAUAGUGUUCUAAGAAUAUUCUGAGUAAGGGAAAAAGCUGCUUUGGGAUUGUACCUGGCAAAAUAGCAAGAUCAGCUUCAAAAUAGCAGAUGCAGUCAUGAAUCAUCAGUCUUCUUUGGUCACAGAAUGACCUCCCCAGCCACUCUUAAGCACAUAUGAUAGAAACAUUUGUAGCAUGGUCUUCCAAAACAAAAAGCAGUAAUAUACAUGUUUCAUUGCAUACCAUUGUCUUCCAGUUAGCAGACUUACGAAUUUCAGUAGUCUCAUGAGGUAGAAAUGAAUUCUAAUAUAAAGUUUUCCAAGAACCAAA